CUGGUUAUUAGCCUAGUCUCUGCUCUUAUCCCAUUGCAACUGUUCUCUCGGAUUCGUAACUGCGUUGUCGUGGAAGUAGUCAGUCGAGUCUCCGCAAGUAUAUACCUCAGUCCUCCCGUAUCACCACUUAUCACCACCCCGCUAUCGGUAUCGCUAUCACUACCAUGGACAAUAUCAUCAUCCCCAACGCUGAAAUCGACGAGAGUCCCCUCUCAGCCUCGUCCAUGGAACGUCGCAAUUCUCUCGAGAAACACCUCCAGAGUCGUCCCGACCCCCAGGAUCUGAAAGAAAGACAUAUCCUGCUCGACACUACCGUGGCGCCAUCCCUCCAGGCUGCCAAAGCAGAACUCGCGCGCCAGCGUACAACAGACAGCCUGAAGAAACACCUCGAGCAUCGUCCUGAUCGGGAUGAGCUCGUUGAACGUAACAUCCUCCCGCAUAUCAACGCCGCGCCUGCGCUGCAGGCCAACGCAAAGGAACUCGAGAAGCAUAUGCUUGCGGAUAACCUGGACCAGAAGCUGCAGCGUAGGCCACAGCCCGAGGAGCUUAUCUCGCAGGGUAUCUUGACGGAAGAUGAGGAUCCGAGGAGCCCGGCUGUGUAGUGCUGCUGACGGAUUACAUCUAUAUUGAUGUGGAAUUGGGAUGGGCAAUUGGGCGUUUUUGAUGGGUAUAUGCUUUGAAUAUGGGGGGAACGGCAAUAGCCUCCGUACAUGCUUAUGCUUAUUUUACUUGAUGAUGCACACGCUUUUAUGAGAUUGAGAAUGUCAUGACUGUUGGUAGUACCCUA